AUGGAGACGUGGGUGAGUAUCAGCACGAAGCCUCUCAAGGACCAGGUGGAGCUUGACAAAAUGCCACUCGGAGACAAUUGGAAGCAGGCUGCCUCCUCCAUCGUCGACUGGCGUUCCGAAGCUGUGGAGUUAAGAUUCGGCCAGCACUAUCAACAGGCCGAAGCCUCUGACGAUGAAAACCCUGGAGUCAUCAUCGCGCGUCAGCGCAUUCCCGCCAAGAACUUGUCGGAGGAAAAGGAGUGUCCCAUAUGCGUGGAGCCGAAAGCGCUUGCCAAAUUUCCCAUCUUCAGUAUCACACCCACGUGCGUUCACCCGCCAGAAGCCUGUCUAGAAUGCCUGAAAGUAGCGAUCCGGACAGAGCUCAACAGCAGGCACUGGAAAGAUAUCCGGUGCCCGGAAUGCCGCGAGCUGCUUGAGUAUGUCGACGUGCAGCGGUACGCGGACGACGCAACCUUCUCAAGAUACGAGAAUCUCGCCCUCCGAGCAGCGAUGCACCAGGCAGAUAAUUUCAUCUGGUGUGCUGGUGGCUGUGGCUCCGGUCAGAUCCAUGAAACAGGCGCUGAGCAGCCGAUUGUCAUCUGCCUCCAUUGCAGUGGUCGGAGUUGUUUCACCCACGAGGUUGCGUGGCACGACGGCCUUACCUGUGAAGAGUUUGAUUCUCUCCUUGCCGAUCCGGAAAACUUUCGUUCGCGCAUAGAAGUCGAAAACGCUGCAGUCGACGAGGAGGAGGCUCGCCGUCGUGCCCAAGACGCUGUGGAUCACGCUCUGGCCGGGCGCCUUGCUGCUGACCAGGAGGCAGAAGAGCGGGCUCGAGUGGAGCGCGACAAACAAGCCCGAAGGAAAGCUGCCGAGGCAGCGGAAAGAGCAAGGAAGACGGCUGCCCGGCGCAAGAAGGAGGAUGAGCAAAGCAUGGCCACGAUGAACAGGACGACGAAGAAGUGCCCUGGAUGCAGUUGGGCUAUUGAGAAGAAUAGCGGAUGCUCACACAUGACUUGUACGUAUACCCUCCCUCUCGGCGGCCCCAUCGUCCCAACCCGUGGGCUUGGCGCCUUGCGGCUGCGGUGUGGUGCCUACCUCAGGCUCGACUCACAGUUUGCAGGCCUUAAAUGUCGUUUCGAGUUUUGUUGGGGUUGCUACCGCAGAUGGGGAGCCUGUCGCAACAUCCAGUGCACGGGACCAACGGCGUCUUGA